UGUGUGCGUGUGUGUGCAUGCAUGCGUGCGUGCGUGUUGUAACAUCUCUAAUUAUGCAUUGGAGAAAGCCAUAAUGAUUGUGUUGCUGUGCUGUGACGCACACGCCUGCGCGGUGCCGGUCCUCGGCCUCGUGCAGCGUAGCAUUAGAGGGCGUGUCCUCCAUGUUUGUGGUGUGUGUGUGUUUGCGACGCAGGUGGGGCGAUGGCUGCUCACUUCCUCCCAGAGGAAGUCAUAAAAGCUCCCGGUUGGUUUAACUGUGCCUCUUCCCUCCUCUAAUGACGGCCUCGCUGCCAGAACGGCCUGUAACGAGGUUCUUCUCUAAAAUGUACGAUGAGGCCGUUCACGUGUUGGAGGAACUCCCCAGAGAGCAGCGGUUCCGGGGCGAGGCUGCACCUGUGGAAGGAACCAGAAACACGGACGCUCCUGGUUCCUGAAUGAAAAAUAUGUUUCUGAGCGAGCGGUGGGUCAGAGGUAGUCAGACACAGAGGCUGGUUUAUGCCGGGACUCGGGUUCGGUUUCUGAAGCGUCGGCCGUGACCUUGAACUGGGCUCUUUUCGGGACCAGCGUUCAGCGUGGACCCAGAGCAGAUGGAGCCUGGAGCCAGAGCCGGUCCUCAUUGACCAUGGAGCACGAUAAGGAGUUCCUCCCGGUGCGGCGGCACCACACAGAGUUCCGAUUCGACCUGUCGCGCAUUCCGGAGGGAGAGGCGGUCACGGCCGCCGAGUUCCGCAUGUAUAAAGACUUCAUUCAGGAACGCUACGACAACGAGACGUUCCGCAUCAGCGUGUACCAGGUUCUGGAGGAACACUCUGACAGGGAGUCGGACCUGUUCCUGCUGGACUCGCGGCUCAUCUGGGCGGCGGAGGAGGGCUGGCUGGUGUUUGACGUGACGGCCACCAGCAACCACUGGGUCCUGAACCCCGGCCGGAACCUGGGCCUGCAGCUGGCGCUGGAGAGCACGAGCGGAGACAGCGUCAGCCCCCGCGUGGCCGGCCUGGUGGGCCGCAGCGGGCCUCACAACAAGCAGCCCUUCAUGGUGGCCUUCUUCAAAGCCACAGAGCUGCACCUGCGGAGCAUCCGCUCGGCGCCGGGGGGCAAACAGCGCAACCCCAACCGCUCCAAGGCAGCGAAGAGCCAGGAGGCGCUGAGGGUGGCGGGCGUGGCAGAGAACAGCAGCGCUGAUCAGAAGCAGGCCUGUAAGAAGCACGAGCUCUACGUCAGCUUCCGGGACCUGGGCUGGCAGGACUGGAUCAUCGCUCCAGAGGGAUACGCAGCCUACUACUGUGAGGGCGAGUGUGCGUUCCCCCUCAACUCCUACAUGAACGCCACGAACCACGCCAUCGUUCAGACCCUGGUCCACUUCAUCAACCCGGAGACGGUUCCGAAGCCCUGCUGCGCCCCCACGCAGCUCCACGCCAUCUCCGUGCUCUACUUCGACGACAGCUCCAACGUCAUCCUCAAGAAAUACCGCAACAUGGUGGUGAGAGCCUGCGGCUGCCACUGAGCCGGCGCCGGGACCGGCACCGGCACCGGGAACGACACCGGCACCGGCACCGGCACCAACACGACACCGGGACCGACACCGGCACCGGGACCGACAGAAGACGGGUCCACCGGCACCGGCACCAACACGACACCGGGACCGACACCGGCAGAAGACGGGUCCACGUUGGACACCAGGAAAAGCUCCUGUCCUUUUUCACAGUCACACACACAUACACACACCUGUGCUUUCUACUGUGUAAACGAUUGUCUGAUUGAUUGUUUGUAUAUUCACUCACACUCAACAAUCUUUUGUUUAUUUCAGUAAUUUUAUUUUAGUUCAUUUACUGUAGAUUUUAUUACAUAUAUUUUUAUGAUUCUAUGAGAAAUGGAAGUUCUGACUUUCUUCUAUGUACAAAACAGUGUAAAUAAUUUUUUCAAGCAAAGCAAAGCGUGUAUUUAUUUCCUGGAAUGUGUCUGGUUGGAUUUGGAACGCGCCUCUUUUCUUUCACACAACGACUCACAAACCACUUGGAGGCGUUGGAACCGUGCAGCAGCCGCGCGCCGUCGCUUUAUCACAACGUGGACCCGUGAAUGUGCGGCCCGUUCUUCCAGCCACAGCGUCAGCGUCCUGUUUUCAGGUUUAUACUCUGCUGUAUUUAAGGUCUAUUUAUUAAGAGCCAAUGUCUCCAACACGUUUUACUGCUGAACUGGUCCAACAAUGAAUAAACGAGGAGUAAAACAAGCGAA